AUGAUUUCAGGUCUUCUCGGCAUGGUGGCUCAUGUCAUGUACACACAGGUUUUCCAGGUCACCGUCAGCCUUGGCCCACCAGAUUGGAGGCCCUACAACUGGGACUAUGGCUGGUCUUUCUGCAUGGCCUGGGCUUCCUUCACCUGCUGUAUGGGCGCAUCUGUCACCACCCUCAACUCCUAUACGAAGACCGUCAUUGAGUUCAGACACAAACGCAAGACCUUCGAGCAAAGCAUCAGGGAGGAGGACGCACGGGAGGCAUUCGGAUAUUUCCGGGGGCACUCUGUGCACUCCAUCUCCAAAUCUGUGGAUUAUUACUCUAGUCAGACCAUAAAGAGUGGCAGGAAAACUCCUAUACCAGGUGACUCGCUGGACUUCAGUGACAUUGCAAAUUCUUUGGGGGAAGAGCAGUGCUGA